AAAUACUGACAGUAAUGGAGAAAGUGGACGUGAUGUGAAAAGUUUCGAAGUUCCUUUGCCGCUUCGUAGAUUUUUAGGCCAGUAUAGAAUCAUGGAAGAAUUAUUUCAGAACGGAAAUUAUCAGAGGGAGGCGAAUGCGAAUAUAACCACUAUGGAAACACAAAAGGAAGAUUCAUUGCUUGAUCACAUGGAAAUCUCAAUAGUUGAAACUGAAAAGCGAGCAAAUGGAGCAUUGAACUUAAGAGAGUUUUAUACAGUCUACCUCAUUGAGACUAAAGUUACAGAUCCAGAUUUUAAAGGUGCACUUACCAAAGUAAGUUCUCUCUGGCGUCGAUAUACGGAAUUUGAACUGCUCCGAACUUAUUUAGAAAUUUCUUAUCCAUAUAUUGUACUGCCUCCAUUACCAGAAAAAAAAGUUUUAUAUGCAUGGCAAAAAGUUACCACUGAUACAUUUGAUCCAGAUUUUGUUGAUAGACGAAGAAUUGGUCUUGAGAAUUUUCUAUUAAGAGUAGCGACACAUCCUAUAUUGUCAGGUGAUGAACAUUUUAUGGGAUUUUUACAACAAAAGGAUGGAUGGAGGGAAAGUAUUAAAGAGACUGGUUAUUUGCAAUUAGUAGAAUCAAAAUUAAAAGCAUUGAGUGUAGCAGUACGAUUAAGAAAACCAGAUAAAAGAUUUGAAGCAAUAAAAAAUUAUGGAAUUGAACUUCAGAAUAAUUUAUGUAAUCUUCUUCGAGUACGUGCACGUCUUGUAGAAAAACAACAUAGUUUGUAUAAAUUACAUGCAAAUUAUGGUCGUGUAUUUAGUGAAUGGAGUGCCAUAGAAAGGGAAAUGGGUGAUGGAUUACAGAAAUCGGGUCACUACUUGGAUUCAUUAGCAGCGACAAUAGAUACAACUCUUGAAGAAGAGGAAUUAAUAGCAGAUCAAUUAAAAGAAUGGUUGUUUGGUGCUUCUGCAUUACAAGCUGUUAUCAAACGAAGAGAAGCUUUACAAUUAGCCAAAGAUGAAACUCAUGAUGCUCUAACUGCAGCAUUUGAGCAAAAAGAAAAAGUCAUACAAGGUAAAUCAGGUUUAAUGUCAAGAUUAUUUGUAUCUGUUGAUACAGAAGAAGUUCGUGAAUUAAAAAUGUUACAAUUAGAACAAAGGAUUGUACAACAUGAAGAAGCUGUUAAACGAGCAGAUGAAGAUUUAAAAUCUUUCUCUAUCAAAGCAAUGAUGGAUAUAGAGAGAUUUCAACAUCAGAAAGUCGUAGAUUUGAAAGAAAUUCUGGCAGCUUACUGUAUUUUACAAUUUAAGCUUGCUAGAAAGGGAUUGCAAGCUUGGGAGCAUAUCAAGAGUUGUCUGGAAAGUAUGCCAUAAAAAUUUUUUCUUAUUAAAAAUUGACAGAACAAUAAUUGUUCCACAUCUUUCGUGCGAUAUACAUUCCUAUAAUUAUAAACUCAUAUUACGCUUAUUCUUACGUCAAUGUACAAGAUUGUUUUUAUUAUUUAAUGUUAGAUUAGGUAAUAUUAAAUGAUAUAUACGUAUACAUAUGUCAUAUAUAUAUAUAUAUAUAUAUAUAUAUAUUAUAUAUAUAUAUAUAUACGCAUACAUAUACAUAUAUAUACAUACAUAUAUAUACACAAUUCAUGUUGAAUAUAGUUAUAUGAAACAUUAUUUAUUAUUUAAUAUUUAUAUAUUUAGUAUGUUCUUGUAAGAUUCAAUUAAUCAAUUGAUGAGAAUAUUCUGACAGUACUUAAAGUCAGAAAACAAAAUUUGUGUGGUUUAUAUGUAAUAUAAAUCAUCAAGCAAAAUUUUUCUAGAAUAUUAAUUAUUAAAGUUAGAAAUAUUAUUGCUGUAAUUUUUUAUUUAUUGUUUUUUAUCUGCUCAAUAAGCUUCAAUUUCUUCAUCAUCGAUUAAAUUCUUUAAUUGUAUCUUACUUUUCAAUGCAAUUGUUGCAUUUAUUUUUUGUAAUGCUAGAAAUCUUAGUAUUAUUAAUAAUUGAUAAAAUUUAAGAUUUAAUUUAAUUAUUUUCUAAUUUUUUUUACGUAUAUAUAUGAAUAGUUAUGAUUUUCUAUGUAUAUACCUGGUUAAAUAUAUAACUUGGUAUAAACUUAAAAAAUGUACAUAUGUUAGUUUCUUUCUUUUAUUUUUUAUUAGAAUUUUUAUUUAAUUAGAAUAUAUUAGAAUAUAUCAUAUUAUAUUAUUAAUUAGAAUAUUUUUUAAAUCAUAUAUUUUACAAUAUAUUGUAUGUAAAGUCAGUGUCUACUAUAUCAAUCUUACAAUUUUUCUAUAGUAAUGACAAUUUUUUGAAUUCUUUAUUUUAUUUGAUUUGAAUAUAAAAUAGAUCUAUAUUUUUUUUUAUAAAUCUUUAUUUGAUUUCUUAAAUUUUGUUUUAAUAUAGAUAUUAUUUUUAAAAACAUGUUAUACAUAUGUAUAUGUUAAAUAUAUUUAUUUAUUAAUAUUCUUUAUAAUUAAUAAUAUAAUUUAAUUAUGUUAUAUUUUUUCAAUAAAUAUAUAAUAUUUAUAGUAUAAGUAAUUAAUAUUAUUUGUAAUGAAUAAUUAAUUUGAAAAAUUUAUUGAAUAUUUUUAAAUUUAAUUGUAAAAAAAGUUCAAAAUCAUUUAAUAAUAAAUAAAAUAUAGAACAUA